CCCAUUAAUAUCAGACUUUUAUACAUUCAUUUAAACGUAAUUGUUAUCUCAUUUACCAAAAAUGGCUGAUGAUGACGAUGAGGGAGGUUUCGGAGGGUUGUAUGAGGAUGGCCACUGGAUUUGGGAUGAGCAAACAGAAGCAUUACUAUUUGUAAGUGAUCUUCCACCAGCACACGUUGAAGCAGUUCAAAUAACAACCAAAGCACCAACUGGAACUAUUGAAUUCAGAGAUGAUAUUGAUUUAAUUGAACAGGAUGUGAAAGACAUAGCACUGUACACUGCUCCCGUUAGCAUAUUGAGCCCAAUGCUCAUUGAUUUGUUACAUUUACCUUCCACUGAGAGGCUUCUCAGAGCUCUCAUAUUUUGCUGUGCCUACUAUUUACAGUGUUUCACAUUCUUAGGUAGCAGAAGAAAUGUCCACCCGCAUAGCGGACCUAGCAAAUAAAGUAAGGACUGAGCGAUGUGAAAUUUUGGAAAAUCAGUUUCACGAAAACUUGUCAGAUCUGAGACUUUUAGUAGCCAAGGAAUACUGCAUUAUGCUUAUUGGUGGUGGAGAUAUGAAAAAAUUUCAUCACAUGGGCAAGGAGAAGAAGAGGCGCUCGUUGUCUGAUAAAGACGCACGACUAUUUGAAACUUUUGUCCGCGUGUCCGUACAAAUUGUCUACUUGGCUCUAGGACGCAGGAAUUUUCAUCAAAUUGAAUUAGAAUGUCACCGUCUAUUGAAAUCUGAGAUAUUUAACACGGUGGAACAUACGUUGAAGACUGGAUACCUCUUGAAAAUGAUUCCUGAGGAGAAGAAAGUUCUACUGGGACCAUGCGUACAUCAUGACAAGAAGCUUAACACACGAUCCCCGCUCAUGAACGAAAUGUUCUGUCAAAGACCUAUCGACUUUCGUUUAAUGGGAUUAGGAGUUGUCAAAUAUAAGAAGUCUUCGAAGAGUAUAGCGAGGAAAUCUGUGCAAGCACCUCAGAGACUCUACCCUGAAAUUUCACUGCCCCCAAAUGAUCCUAUAGAUAUGGACUUGCCAUCGGAUUUUCCUGACGCACAGACAGAAGUUCGACCGGUGAGCCAGACCCAGCUUCGGCGUUGGCAAAAAAGGUUCAGAAGACUUACGAAGACAGCAGCUGCAGCAGCAGCAGCAGCUCCUGUGACGGCUACUCGUGCCGCUAGUGCCUAAUUCCAUAAGUUUAAUCUUUCGGAGGUAGAUUAUUUAGAUUAAUAUAUUUAGCUA